GUCGGAUGAGGGAGCUGGAGGGACGCUCGGACAGCUGCCGGGAGGCUCCUGGGGGCCGGGGCUCCGAGGUUAUAAUAUAACAUCCUCUCAUGCUUUUUUCCUGCCCUUUCUCCCCAAAUCAUCAACAAUAGAAAACGAAGAAAACAUGUCAGGACACAAAUGCAGCUAUCCCUGGGACUUACAGGAUCGGUAUGCUCAGGAUAAGUCAGUUGUGAAUAAGAUGCAGCAGAAGUACUGGGAAACGAAGCAGGCCUUCAUCAAAGCCACUGGGAAGAAGGAAGAUGAGCAUGUUGUGGCCUCCGACGCAGACCUGGAUGCUAAACUGGAGCUGUUUCACUCAAUUCAGAGAACCUGUUUGGACUUGUCUAAAGCAAUUGUACUCUAUCAAAAGAGAAUAUGUUUCUUGUCCCAAGAAGAAAAUGAACUGGGAAAAUUUCUCCGAGCCCAAGGCUUCCAAGAUAAAACCAGAGCAGGAAAAAUGAUGCAAGCAACAGGAAAGGCCCUCUGCUUUUCUUCCCAGCAAAGGUUGGCCUUGCGAAAUCCUUUGUGUCGAUUUCACCAAGAGGUGGAGACUUUUCGGCACCGGGCCAUCUCAGACACUUGGCUGACGGUGAACCGCAUGGAGCAGUGCCGGACAGAAUACAGAGGGGCAUUGUUGUGGAUGAAGGACGUGUCACAGGAGCUUGAUCCAGACCUCUACAAGCAAAUGGAGAAGUUCAGGAAGGUACAAACACAAGUGCGCCUUGCCAAAAAGAGCUUUGACAAAUUGAAGAUGGACGUGUGUCAAAAAGUGGAUCUUCUCGGAGCAAGCAGAUGCAAUCUCUUGUCUCAUAUGCUCGCAACAUACCAGACUACUCUGCUUCAUUUCUGGGAGAAAACUUCUCACACGAUGGCAGCCAUCCAUGAGAGCUUCAAAGGCUAUCAGCCCUAUGAGUUCACUACAUUAAAGAGCUUACAAGACCCCAUGAAAAAACUGGUUGAGAAGGAAGAAAGGAAGAAGCUCGCCCAGCAGGGAAGUGCCGAGGCCACAGCGGAAGAGCCAAGCCAGUUGAUUUCAUUAGAGGAAGAAAACCAGCACAAGGAAUCCUCUAUUUUUAAGACUGAAGAAGAAAAAAAUGUUUUAUCUGCCUUAGACAAAAGCUCUACGCAUCAUGCAUGCUCAGAUGAAUUACUAAACAUGAAACCUGAGGAAGGUGCUUGCCUGGGCCCGAGGGCAGAGUCCACGGAACUGGAAGGUGCUGACAAAGAUGACCUGCUGCUGCUGAAUGAGAUCUUCAAUGCUUCCUCCCUGGACGAGGGCGAGUUCAGCAAGGAGUGGGCUGCUGUGUUUGGAGACAGUCGGCUGAAGGAGCCGGCACUCGCCGCGGCCCCAGGAGAGCCAGACCCCAAGCCCCAGGCAGGCUCAGGAUUCCUUCCUUCGCAGCUUUUAGACCAAAACAUGAAAGACUUACAGGCCUCGCUGCAAGAGCCUGCUAAGCCUGCCUCGGACCUGACUGCCUGGUUCAGCCUCUUUGCUGACCUCGACCCGUUAUCAAAUCCUGACGCCAUUGGGAAAACUGAUAAAGAACAUGAAUUGCUCAAUGCCUGAGUCUGCAGGCUCCAGGAGGGAGCCCACACGCCAUUCCUCAGCGACACGCCUGGGGGCGUGCAGAAGGGUGACGUGAUCAGAAUUCUGUUUUACUAUUAACGUGCCAUUUUAAUAAAAUGAAAGGGUCAAUGACCCUGUUUAUAUUGGUAUAAUUAUUUACUCUUAUUUGGUAUAAAGGAAUUUAGUGUAUUCUCCCUGUGGAUCUAACAAUACAGGAUUGUCUAGGAGCAGGUUCCAGGCUGGCUGUUCUCCUGCCGAAAACCCCAUCGUGGCUGCUGAUGUGUCACUGGGCUACUGUGAGAUCCAAGUUCAAAUCGUAAACCUACUUUGUAUUAGGUUUAAAUAAUGUGUCUUCAGCCUCAGAGGCAGUGGGAGGCUGGCGAAGCUGAAACGCCUCCUCUUAUACCCUCUGCCUCUGUCCCCUGUGGGGGAGGCUGCAGGGAGACCCCCUCUGCCUGCCAAGCCACCUCCCGACGAGCUCCGGACGAAGCUCCAGCCAACCAAAGACACUGUGCUCAGCUCCUUCCCAGUGGCCACGAGCGGAGGAGCUGGGCUGGUCUCUGCUGCAUGAACCUGUCUAUGGAAAGGAGAUCCCAGUGUCAAAAGCAUGUAUUUCUGGAGUCCUUUGUGACAUUAACUGUUUUUUUUUAAUUAA